GACAUUUUCCACUGAUCCGACAUGCAAUAACACGUGACAAGGUCGCGAAUUGAGUAAACCAAUCACAAUUCAUUUUAUAUCUGUGCUAGGCUUCGGGAAUAAACACGUGGGCGAAGUCAACAAACAACGCUAUUUUCAUCAAGAUUGAUUGGGUCAGUUUAUGGAAAGUAAAUUUGGCGGGAAAUUUUCAUACGCUGACUGAUUGGGACGGUGAAUCAUUGAAUUUGAUGAGUAAUCCUUCGAUCCUACACAGUAGCAAAGCGUAUCAUGUGCGGGAGGACUGCAUGUACCCUGGCCCCUGAUGAGAUCUGCCGGUCAUGUAGCUACAGCAGUCACAGUGGGGGCAGACAGGAGCCUCAGUGGAGGGACCCACCUGGGGGUCAGAAAUAUUACCCCAGUCACAAUGUGGCUCCAGGGGCCCAUACACCAGUUAUCAUCUCCAGUCAUCAUAGAUUUGGUACAGAGGAUGAUGCAGUGUCCACAGAGAGGGUGGUUCAGCCCAUGCAGUGGGGACUGAUCCCUUCCUGGCACAAAGGAUCCCCAAAAAAGGUUAGCUAUGAAACCAACAACUGUCGUUCCGAGAGCAUGCUGGAGAAACCGACUUACAAGGUUCCACUGCAGCGAGGGCGGCGAUGUGUGGUGCUGGCCGAUGGAUUUUUUGAGUGGAAGAGGGACCAGGCAAAGAAACAGCCCUACUUUAUUUAUUUUCCUGACAAAAAGGACACUGAUGAAAGAGAAACUAACUCUUCCUGUCUGAAAGUCAAGAAAGAAGAAAACGGGGUUAGUGUAAAAUCGGAGAGAGACUCCAAUCUGGGCAUUGUAAAAGAAGAAAAAGAAAACUUGGAACAGGAAGGAGGCAGUGAAUGUCCAGCAGACACAAGUUCCCUUAAUCCUGCUGAUGUAUUGUUGAAAAAAGAAAUAAAGACAGAACUUAAUGGAACUGAUAAAGACCACCAGGCACACACAGGAGGGGGUGAAACAAAGAGACUGAUGACAAUGGCGGGGGUGUUUGAUGUCUGGAAAUCCAGUGAUGGCUCUCCUCCAGUCCUCUCCUAUAGCGUUAUCACUGUCGAGUCUUCACCGGCAAUGAUGAAAGUCCACCACAGAAUGCCAGCUUUAUUGCUGACCGACAAAGAAGUUCAAGAAUGGUUAGACUCGGAGAAUGUUCCACUGGAAAAGGCUGUCAAGAAUAUCAGAGCCACUGAAGAAAUUCAGAUGCAUCCAGUAUCUGACAUAGUGAACAAUUCCAGGAACAAGAGUCCAGACUGCACCAAACCUAUAGAUCUCACGAAGCCCAAGUCUACCCCGAGCAGUAAUCUGAUGAUGAAGUGGCUCUCCAAGGGGAAAAAGGAACAGUCAAAUGAACCCCUAUCUAAACGGAUCAAAACGGAGCCAGAGUGACAAUAGAGGGAACCCCCAUCUAAACGGAUGAAAAUGGGGCCAGAGUGAGGCUGUGAUUGUUCCACAUUUUUGAAAGACUAACGAUAGGAAAACAAAGAAAAGGAAUGCAUUCAUGUAAAACCUGUGAAAUGGCCUGGACCAACCAUGUAUUAUACAGCAUCAGACUGGCAAUCCAGUGUUAAAUAAAAAAGGUGUUCCCAAGAUUGUUACAUGUAUGUAUGUUGAUUUGCUUUAAUAUGUUAUUUCAAAUGUAGGCACAACCGGUGCUGUUUUUCAUUUUGUAUUGGCCAGAGCAUAAGGAUUCCUUUGCAAUCAUUGUCUUUUCUACAGUUUACAUUUGUUAAAUGAUUGAAAGUUUUCCUUCAGUAUUAUACAUAAGUAUUUGUAUGACUUAUACAGUUAUAUCUGGGACAAGAAUCUUGUUUAUCAAGUAAUCUAAGUGUGUCUGAACAUGCACUUGUACUAAUGACUGUUUUUAGUUUAUACAUCAAUUCCACAGGAUGGUAUUGUCACUAAUGUGUUUGUCAAAUGAAACUUUCAAUUGAUGGUUGCCUGGCCAAGCUCUUUGUUAAAAAACCUGUUGUUCUGAAAGUACAUAACCAAUUGUUGAAAUGCAAUAAACAUUUAUUUUCAAAUGUG